GUCAUGGAGACGUUCCUCUCGCAAGUCGAGCAGCUGCCCAGCCUUUUGGCGGCGUCCCGCUCAGGACUGGUGCGAAGCUGGAACCCGGCGACCCUGGGGCGCGCCCUGAGUUGGGGCCGCUUCUUCCAGCAAGUGCACGGCCGCUUCCAGGCCCAGCCCGGCCUCCGGGCCGCUUUGGAACGACGCUUAAGCCGGGGAGGCCUGCUCGGCCGUUUGAAGCGCUGCCCGGAGCUACUGGGCUUGGCGCUGCUGGAGAACCGGGCGCUGCCCGCCGCCGCCCGCCAGCGCCUGUUACGCGGCCUCUUGCUCCCCAGCGCCGGAGGGGAAGAGCCCUUCGCUCACGUCCUGGCGAGGCGCCGGGCCGCCUGCCAGCUUCUCCAGUUGGUGCCUCCUCUCGAGACGUCCGCUGCGACCGGGCCGCGAGCAACGCCGCCGGUGAGAACCCAGGCUCAGCUGCUGCUGUCCCGGCUGCGAGAGGAAAGCGAUGGCGACGGCCACGGAGGCCGCGGCGCUGCUGCCCUCCUGGAGCAGCUCCCUCGUGGCCCCACGCUCUACUGGGCUGUGGCGGCGGCUCUGCUGGAGCCCGACGGGGCAGUGGAAGCCACGGCCACGUUGCUCCCUUGGCUGCUGGGCGACGCAGCGCACUUAGCUACCUUCUGUCGCCUCCUGCCCGCCCCGUGGGUGGCCUCGCUUUGUAACCGGCAUCCUGAACUGCUCGCACCCUAUUUGAAUCUCCUGUCCGCCUGGGGGGCCCGUCUCACUUACGACCCCCUGCACGGGGAGUGGAGAACCGACGACUCGGAAGAGGACGGUGUAUCCUGCCAAGAGAUGCACGAACGUAUCAUCUGCCUCUGCCAGGAGCCAGAGCCUAUUGGUAGUGCAGCAUGGACCCAGAUAAGACGCUUGAAAGCCCAGGAUGGGGACUUCGAAGUCCGAGGCCUGAGUGUUUGGACUGACCUCCUGCUGGACUUGGGCACAUCUGCUUCAGCAAAGAAGCCCUAG